AUGUCCUCGGUUGGGCUCAGCUUUUGGGGCGGCGUGUCUCCCAAGACUGGUGAUGUCAUCGACCGGCACCACCCCCUGAACGGGCUCAGCCUGAAAGGCAAGAUCUUGGCCUUGCCCAGUGGACGAGGCUCCUGCACAGGCAGCCAGGUGGUUUUAGCAAACGCCUUCCAGGUGAUAUUGGAGCUUCUGCUCAACGGCAAUGGGCCUGCAGCCAUCGUUUUGCGAGAGCCGGAUGAGAUCAUUGCGCUGGGUGCCAUCGUCGCAGAAGAGAUGUUCGACCUUCGACUGCCGCUGGUUUGCGUGGGAGACUCCGGAUUUGCCCGCCUGCUCUCAGCGGAGCCGAAGUAUGCUCAUUUGGUAGAGGGCUGCGUGUUCCUGGGGGAGGAGCACAACGAGGCCAUUCUAGCGAAGCCAGCCUCUGCAACUGGUGAGCCUGAGGCCUUUUGCCUGCAAUGUAACAUUAUGCGAAGCGGACCGACGGAUGUUGGUAUCAUUUACCGCAUGGCAGCGGUGCAGGGGACCAAAGAAUUGAUCAGCGUUAAACAGUCACACAUUGAUGGGUGCACGUAUGUCGGCCCGGCAAGUCUUCACUUUGCAGAGCAGCUUCUUAGCAUGGAGGCGCGAGUAUGUAUCCCAACCACCCUGAAUGCCAUCUCAGUGGAUCGAUCAAAUUGGCGUGCGCUUGGAGUACCUGCAGAGUUGGGACGGCCUGCGGAAGCUCUUGCUAAUGUCUACCUGGAGAUGGGUGCCCAGCCCAGCUUCACAUGUGCUCCUUACCUCCUGGAGACUGCUCCGCAACUGGGAGACCACAUUGGAUGGGGGGAAUCCAAUGCCGUCGUGUUUGCCAACAGCAUUUUGGGAGCCCGAACUGAGAAGUAUGCGGAUUUUCUGGAUGCCUGCGUUGCCCUCACGGGCCGGGCACCUCGAGCCGGCUGCCACUUGGACUCGCGGCGAAAGCCGGAAGUUCUGCUGUCACUGAACCCACAAGUGGAUCCAGGCAGCGUUGACGAUGCCUUCUAUCCCACCCUGGGCUACCUUUGUGGCCUGAAAUCACCCAGCUCAGUGCCGGCAAUUACGGGCUUGGAAAGCUUGUCGCCGACGCGGGAUGACUUGAAGGCCUUCAGCGCGGCCUUCGGCACCAGCUCCUCUGCAGCCAUGUUCCACUUGGUGGGCAUCACGCCCGAGGCGCCUGACCUACGAAGAACUACGGAUGAGCAGCUUGAGGUGCUUGAGCUGAGCAUCGACGACCUGCUGGCUGCGUGGCACGAUCUGGAUGCAGAUCCCGACGGGUUGAUCGACCUUGUCGCACUCGGCAAUCCACAUUUCUCCCUGGAGGAGUAUCGGCGGAUGGCUGAGUUGUGCCAGGGACGCAAGAAACAUCCGGCCGUCGCAGUGGUGGUGACCUCUGGCCCGCAGGUUCUGGCCAAAGCAAGAGAGAGAGGAUACCUGGCGAGCCUGGAAGCUUUUGGAGUUCAACUGGUGAGCGACACCUGCUGGUGCAUGCUGGGAGAGGUGGUGCCAGCACCCACAUCAGUGCUGCCGCCAGCCAGUCGAGCUCUCAUGACCAACUCAGCCAAAUAUGCGCACUAUGCUCCAGGCCUGGUUGGUCGCAAGGUUCGCUUCGGUUCGCUGGCUGCCUGCGUUGAUGCCGCCUGCUCGCGCACAGUCAGUGCUGCGAAGCCCGCAUGGCUAAGACCAGCAGGACCAGAUGCAGCACUCUAG